AUGGCAUCAGCUCAUAAUAUUAGAAAUAGAUCUCCAAAAUAAUAAUUAUACAAUUAGAAAAAGGAAGGAUAAAGUAUCAUUGAUGGUAAAAUUGUAGUAGAUAUAGAAAUAUGCUAAAAUUGUAAAGAUCAUUAAUGGUGUACAAGACAUGAUGAAUCUAAAUACAAAUUAAUGUUUGAGGAAAUCAGUUCUGCAAUAUUAGCAGAAAAUCCCAAUGUUAUCAUCACAUAAAAUAAUUUUGUCAAAGUUCCAACUCUUGGAGCAUUUGAAAUCACUUGCAUGAAUGCUCUUCUUUAUUCUAAAAAUAGAUCUGGCUGUUUUCCCCACGCAACUGUCAUAUCUAAUUUGGUUAAAAAUUUUUUAUAUGAUAAAGAAAACGGGAAACCUACAAACUAGUAUGAUCUUAAACUGAUAGAAUCAAAUCCUAACAAGGAAGACCAAAAGUUUUCAAAUACAAAUUCAAACUUUAGAAAAUAAAAUAGAUCACCAUAAAGAAUGAGUUCUGGCAUCAGAGGGAGAACUUCUCAUUACACUGGUAAAGGAAAUUGCAUAGAAUCAUAUAACUAUGUGGUUUCAAGCACUUUUGCAUAGGGUAAAAGAUCCCCUGAUUAAAAAAACUAAUCCAAAGAAAAGUCUGCAAACAUGAAUUCUACUGCAUAAUCAGCUUUCUAUCAAACAAAUAAUACCGAUAACAAUUAAUAAGAUAAUGUAAAUAGAAGAAAUUCAAAAUAAUCAAAUAAUUCAAACUAAAAUUAAAAACAACAUCAUCAAGAAGCGUAUGAGUAAAAUGAAUAGCAGUAGCAUGACUAAUAUGAAGGUAAUCACCACAACAAUUAGCAUCAUGAUGAAACUAAUGAACAUCAUCAUAAUGAAAAUAAACACUCAGCACAAAGUAAUACUCACCAAAAUCAUGAGCAUAACGACGAUAACAAUCAUCAUAAUCAUAACCAUGAUAAUACAACUAGCCACUAGUAACAUAAUCACCCUAAUAAUUAUUAAAAUGGUAGUGAUCAAGAGUAGUUUCAUGAGGACCAUACUAAUAAUUAUAAUAAUCAUCAUGAACAACAUAAUGCUGAAAAUAAUCAUGGACAUAGUUAAGAUUAUUAAAAAGAUAGCAUAGAUUAAAAUGGUUAAUAGUAAAAUUAUGCAAAACAUGAAUAAGAUUAAAACAAUCAUUAGCAUAAUUUUGAUAAUAGCAAUGAUCAUUAAGUUUAACAUGAAAAUUCUAACUGA